AUGCUUGCUCGCCGUCGACAUGCUUGCAACGUGCGCCCUCGAGACGACGAUUUGGAUUUGUGCGCGAUCUGUUUUGAAACCAGGAAGCAGGUGAUCCUGAAACCUUGCGGCCAUGAUCAGUUCUGUCUUCCAUGCGCGCGCCGUGUGCGGAACUGCCCUCUCUGCAGAGCAACGCUGACAUCCAUAGUGCAUGUAGCUACGGCUACUGACGAGAAGGUGAAGCAUUGCAAUGUGGGAAGCCCGAGCCUCCUUUGGAUAAUCCCGCUGUGCGCAGUUCUGAUUGUGAGUAUCUGGAUGGUCGGUAACCUCCUUUCUCCUGCGCUGAGAGUUCAAAUCAGCAUGAUGGACCUCGUUCGUCAGGAUGGUAUGGCUUUGUCUUGGGCAUCGGAGACACUUUGCAAUGAUCGUGAGACAGUCUUGGCCGCUGUGUCGCAAAAUGGUCGAGCGCUGCCAUAUGCAAGUGAUGAGCUCCGUGGUGAUCGUGGAAUUGUUUUGGCAGCAGUGCGUCAAGAUGGGACACUCCUGCGCUAUGCAUCACGUCAGCUUCGAGGUGACCGGGAAGUGGCACUAGCUGCAGUGCGUCAAGAUGGGCGAGCAUUGCAGUAUGUUGCCAUGCUUGAUAGUGAUCCUGAAACUGUGUUGGCUGCAGUGGGGCAGAAUGGAGAAGCGCUUCAGCAUGCCGCUGCCGUGCUGCGUGCUGAUCGAGACGUGGUUGCGGCAUCUGUGCGGCAAGACCCGCAAGCACUUCGGCACGCAGCUGAAGAGCUGCGGGCUGAUGUUGAAAUCGUUUUAGAAGCCGUGCAGAAGGACGGGAUGGCACUGACACAUGCCUCCCAGACACUGGUGGCAAAUCGUGACAUACUGCUUGCAGCAGUUCGUUCAAAUCACGAGGCUUGGUACUAUGCAGAUGACAAGUUGUUGAACGACCGCGAUGUCAUGAUGGAGGUGGUCCGCCAGAAUGGACAGGCCCUCUUUUUCGCUCCAGAAAGUGUACGGGGUGAUCGUCGUGUUGUGAUGGAAGCUGUGCGUCAAGAUGUGUGUGCACUACAGCAUGCGUCAGCGGAACUUCUCCGGGAUUGUUCGUUCUUGACACAGGCUGUUCCGGACAGACGUGAGUUGCACCGGGUGCUUGCGCAUGUGCAUCAUCUGCCAACUGAUUGCAACCUCGUCAGCCAAGCAGUGGGGCCUUCACAACCUUGUGAGCCAUGA